UUCUCUCGCGAGAUCGAUGGCAACGCGCUUCUCUCCGGCAAGUGAUGCUGGGCUAGCUAGCAAACAAAAGGUGACUGAAGACACAUUUGUUAUUGUAGUUCAGAUUCAUGUUCGGUCAGUGUAAUGUUGAAUAAGUCCGUUUCCUCUCUGUAAUUUUGUCGCAGUUUAACCUAUAGACAACUUAAGCGGAAGUUAGUUUAUUAGCUAGCGGUUGGCAUCAGAUAGCCAGCAAUUAGCAUUAGAUAAGCCGCGGCUAACGUCAGUGAAGGAGAGACGCAGGGGAAGCUGCUGUGGUUUUAUAAUCUCUACACUAGUGAAGCUGCGAUGUUGUCCGCUGUUGUCAGAUCAGCUUUAACCAAUCACAGGGGGCUGUGGUCACCCGCUCAGUCUGCCGUCAGGGCCAUGUCGUCCUCAGCUGGUCCCACCUCUCCUUACACCACCCUCUCCAUCAGUCAGCCAGCAGAGAACAUCACACACGUGGAGCUUCACCGGCCUGAGAAACUCAACGCCAUGAACAAAGCCUUCUGGAGUGAAAUGGUGGACUGCUUUAAUGAGAUCACGGCAGACCCGGACUGCAGAGUGGUGCUGGUUUCUGCAGCAGGGAAGAUCUUCACAGCUGGUAUCGACCUGAUGGAUAUUGCCAGCGACAUACUCCAGCCGCAGGGUGACGACGUGGCCAGAGUCUCCUGGAACUUGCGUAGAAUAAUCGCCAAGUAUCAAGAGACAUUUUCUGUCAUAGAGAAGUGUCCAAAGCCUGUUGUGGUGGCCGUACACGGAGCCUGCAUCGGAGGAGGUGUUGACCUGAUCACAGCCUGCGACAUCCGCCUGUGCUCUCAGGACUCCUGGUUCCAGGUGAAGGAAGUUGAUAUUGGACUUGCAGCAGAUGUCGGGACUCUCCAGAGACUUCCUAAAGUCAUCGGAAGCCGCAGUCUAGUGAAUGAAUUGGCUCUGACGGCCAGGAAGAUGUACGCUGACGAAGCAAAGAGCAGCGGGCUGGUCAGCCGAGUGUUUGCAGAUAAGGCAGCCAUGAUGACUGGAGCUCUGGAGCUGGCUGGGGAAAUCGCUGCUCGCAGCCCUGUCGCUGUACAAGGAACCAAAGUCAACCUCAUCUACUCCAGAGAUCACAGUGUGGCAGAUGGGCUGCACUACAUGGCCACGUGGAACAUGAGCAUGCUUCAGACUCAGGAUGUGAUGAAAGCAGCUCAGGCUGCCAUGGAGAAGAAGAGUCCCAGGACAGUCGCUUUCUCUAAACUCUAAAACCCAUCACUGAGCUUUUGUUUCUCCAUGGCGAGGAUUUCUCCCUGAUGAAAAGGUUAAUUACACUAAUUUAACAUCAAAGGAACUUAAAACUGAUUAAUUUAGUUCAGAUCAACUUUCUCCUCCAGCUGGAAUGGACACGAACAGACAUCAGGCUCAUCCACUCACUUGCCCGUCCAUCUGUCUGUCUGUCUGUCAGCAGUGACGUGUCCUUAAAGGGAUAGUCCAAGUUUGUUUGUUUUUAAGGGUGGUUGUAGAGGUACGAACACAUCCAGACUGAGUUAAAUCUAAUCUGAUCUAAGUUCAGCGUGGAACGUUUUUGAACAGUAACAGUUCUGUUAAUGCCUUAAUUAACAUUUUAUUAAAUACAUUUUGUUGAAAGUUUGUGUUCAUCUUAAUUUGCUUCAUCACAACACUGGAUUCAAAUAAAUGAAAUGCUUUAUUGAUAAAACUUUACAGAUUUAAGUUAAUUCAGAGAAAUUAUUAAAUAGAUUUUUUUUUUGCUUCUUAAAACCCCCUAAGCCUUUUUUUGUAAGUCUCUGCUCGAACAUUGCACACUCAAUGAAAUGAGUAUAUCUCUGCAACCACAAGGGCUAUUUGAAUACUUUGCAUGUCAUAGUAAAUGGAAGACUUGUGGGAUUUGCUAAGAUGUAUAAAUAUCAGUACAUGUUUUACUGGUGAAGAGUAAACGAAGAUGACACACAAAAAAAUGAAAAGAAUUCAGGUUUGCCUUGGAAACAAAGGCAAUUUCAUGAUGAGUAUCUCUUUGGAAUGAUGCAGCUUUAUACUUCAAUCAAAUCAAAGUACAACAUGUGAACAUCAUCUUUGCAAAGUUUGAUGUUGAUCAAGUGAAGCAGAACAAAAUUAGAGAGGUUUUAGUACAGAAAGUACAGGCAAGUCUCAUUUGGCACAUUUUAGCAAGAUCUGUGCCAUUUGCAUUUUCUCAUGUAUCAUGUUUUAUAUCACUGUGUGUGUUCAAUAAAACAGUUCAUGGCGUUGUUUAAAAGUUA